GGUUGCGCUACAUGCUGUUUGAUGGCUACCUCAGCGCGAGGCGCUGUCUGCUCAGCCUGGGUGAGAUUGACGACCUCUUUGGCGGCAGUGCCUGAAAUGGGAGUCGGAAGGGCCUUUCGGGGACGGCCUCGAGGCUUCUUGGGCUGCUGCUCUGUAGCUGGCUGUGAAACCUUGGCUGCCUUGGUGGCAGGAGCUGCCUCACUGUCGUCAGAACGAGGUCGCUUCAGCUGAGGCGCCGGCUGUGUUUGCUGAAUACGUUGCGGCUGCGGCUCCUGAUGUUGCUGUACUUCUGGAGAUUGCUGCAUACGCUGAGGCUGUUGCGCGAGCUGUUGCGGCUUCGACACCUGCUGUAGCUGCCCGGCUAGUUGAUGCUGCUGCGUUUGUUGCAUUCUCUGCUGAUGCAGCUGCUGCGCAGUUUGCAUCUUCUGAUUGUAGACAUUGCGAAUGUGCUGCUUUUGCUGCAGUUCCGGCACCUGUCUAAAUCGUUGCGACUGCUCAGGACUAAGCGAGUUGAGGAAUUGCUGCACGAAGUUGUUGAAGUGUGCCUGUUGUACUGCCUGUUCCUUUGCCUGUUGUUGUGCCAGAUGCUGCUCGUGCGCCUUCUGAAUCAACUGCCGUUCACGUUGCACUAGCGCGUUUUUGACG